AUGGCAAUAUUUACUUUCUACUAUCUUGUCAACCUUACAGGUGGAGAGCUUGUGCCUGACAGGCGUGUAGCAGAUCGAAUGAAACCGGAUUCACAAACGACGCUAUCGAAGGAUGACGAUCACGACUCUGGACCAGUCGCCAAUCGUUGCACCUCCUGGCGGGGUGAGAUGCCCCUUUGUCCACUUGGCUGUGGUCGCGGUGGUUGCGGUGGCUGGGGAAUCUGCGAGAAGCUGACGCCGCCGAUCCACCCCAUUCUCGAUUUCUGGCUGGGGUUGGGUGCAAUGAGCGAGGAUGUGGAAUGA